AUUUAAAUUUCAAAAAUGAAACAAACAAUUGCUAAAGAUAUGGGAGAUGCAGAAAAGAAGAGGCCAUUACAUGCGGCCACCAUUGAAGAGGCUCUGACCCUCACAGGUUUCGGCAAAUACAAUUUCUCGCUGCUCUUAGUAUGCAGCUGGACGUUGCAAGCCAUGGGCAUGGACCUCUUCGGCACCAGCUUCGUGGUGGCUGCUGCCGUCUGCGAUCUGGAGCUGACGAUGCAGCAACGGGCUCUGCUCACUGCCAUGCCGUUAGUUGGAGUGGUAACUGGUGCCCAGCUGUGGGGCUACAUCUCAGACACGAAGGGUCGGAAGCUGACCCUUGUGCUGUCCAUGUCCAUUGGCUUCGUGUUCGCAGCCUUGAGCAGCUUCUCACCAGACUGGAUCACGAUGGCCGUCCUUAAGCUCAUCUCGUCUACUUUCACGUCUGCCAGCAACUCAGGCGCAUACACACUGCUGGGUGAGAGCUGUUCGAUGCGCGCGCGCGGCCGCUCCAUGCUACUGUGUACCUGCGCUCUUAUGUGCUCACAGGCUGUCGUCGCUGUAUUCGCAUACCCCAUCCUCCCCUUGGAGUUCGCAUACAAGAUUGACUUCCUGAACAUCACCUACCGCCCCUGGCGUCUUCUGGCCCUGGUGAUGGCUAUCCCUUGCGCUGCCACUGCUUGCCUGCUGCGGUUCUUCUACGAGAGCCCCAAGUUCCUGGCCUCCCAAGGCCGGUACGAUGAUGCCUUGGAUGCUCUGAAGGGCAUUUACUCCGUCAACACUGGCGACAAGGCUGAUAACUUCCCGGUCAGAAAACUGAUCGAGGAAGAAGGAGACCAGUCUGCUACUGUAGCUGACUGCUCGUUCUUCAAGUCCAUAUGCAUGCAGACAGUCCCUCUCUUCAAGCCUCCUCUAUUCAAGAACACCCUCAAGCUUUUCUACCUGGUCGUCGUUAUUUACAUGACUGGCAGCGGCUUCAUCCUCUGGUUGCCCUACAUCAUGAACAACCUGUUCUCCGUACUGGAGUCUGGAGGCGGUGAGGGCAUGAACCUCUGCACUGUGAUCAAGUUCUCCACCCAAGAAAGCUUCGCUGUCUCUGGAAAUGGCACGGACGUGGUCGAAAUCUGCAAUGACAAGAUCCAAGAGACGACACUUUUAUCGGCAAUGUCUUACGGAGCCUUGGCCAGCACCAUCAACUUGGUUCUAUCCUUGACUUGUGGUGGCCAGAAGAAGCUGGCAAUGAUCGCCAUCAUCGCGACCUCUGCUGCUGCCGCUGUGUUGUUGAACCUCGUCGCUAGUCCGAUUGCUGGCGGAGUCUUCUUCUUCGUCUUCCUUCUUUGCGCUCUAACAAUGGGCAUUCUGAGCGUAUACUUCGUUGAGCUGUAUCCUACUUCUGUAAGAGGCAUGGCGUCCUGUCUUUCGGUUAUGUUGGGAAGGUCUAGCGCGUUCUUCGGCGUGAACGCCAUCGGAGCAAUGAUCUCAUACGACUGCGAGCUUACCUUCUACGCUUGGGCAGUUCUGCUACUCAGUGCAAUCGCCGUAGCCUGUUUCCUGCCAAACGAUAAGAAACUGCAGGAGGAAUCGAAAUGAGCAGCACUAGGAUUAUUGUAGAUAUUUAAUUAGAAGACUGAUUUAUAGUGUCUCAUAAAACCCACAGACAAGAAAAAACAAAUUCUGAUUUCGUAGUAAUUUUUCCAGGUGUUUGUUACAAUGAGAAAAAGGUCACAUUGAGAAGAAACUUCUUGUCUACGGGCAAACUUUGAUUUCCAUGAAAUGAAAGUUUUGAAAGUUCAAAAAGCGCAAUAAUUAUGUAGUUAAGGUACGAGUAUCUAUAGUCGACUGUAUCUAUAGUCUAUAGUGUUUGUACGAGUAUGAGUGAAAUGGUGAGUGAAUCUAGAUCAACUUGAUGACUGUGACAUUUCUCAAACUAGAGUGUUUUAUGAAAGUUUACCAUUGGAAUUAUUUGUUUAUGAUAUAGCCAGAAGUCGAAAAUAUUUUGUACCUGAUUGACUGAUUAAAAUUUAAAAUAGGAUGUUGUAUUGAUGGAUGAGAUGUGAUCAUGCAUACAUGUAAGAAAUAGAUUGUAAGUAGUAUUUUCAAU